AUGUCGUCGUUCAGAGCAGCAGCGCCUCAUUCCUCGUACAGGAAGAUGUUUGGCGGGGAGAGAGAGAGAGAGAGAGGCGCGCUCAGGAGCAGCUACUCCAGCCGCCAGUACUCCAGUCCCGUACGCACCAGCCGGGUGUCCUACGGGCUGUCGUCGGCGCCCGCCAGCACCAUCUACGCGGCCAAGACGCAGCGGCUCCGGAGCAGCGCCGCCAUGCCCCGGCUGGCCUCGGAGCACUUGGACUUCACGCUGUCCGACGCCAUCAACAGCGAGUUCAUGGCCAACCGCACCAGCGAGAAGGCGCAGAUGCAGUCGCUCAACGACCGCUUCGCCAGCUACAUCGAGAAGGUGCGCUUCCUGGAGCAGCAGAACAAGAUCCUGCUGGCCGAGCUGGAGCAGCUCCGCGGCAAAGGCACGUCCCGAGUGGGCGACUUGUACGAGGAGGAGCUGCGGGAGCUGCGCCGCCAAGUGGACCUGCUGACCAACGACAAGGCCCGGGUGGAGGUGCACCGCGACAACCUGGCCGACGACAUCGACCGACACCGGGAAAAGUUGCAGGACGAGAUAUCCCUGCGGGAGGAGGCCGAGGCGAACAUGCAAUCCUUCCGACAGGAUGUGGACAAUGCUGCCCUGGUCAGACUGGACCUGGAGAGGAAGGUAGAGUCCCUCCAAGAGGAAAUUAACUUCCUCAAGAAGCUACACGAUGAGGAGAUGCUGGAACUGCAGAACCAGAUCCAAAUGCAGCAGCACGCACAAGUGGACAUGGCUGAAGUGGCCAAGCCUGACCUGACUGCCGCUCUGAGGGACGUCCGCCUGCAGUACGAGAACCUGGCCUCCAAAAACAUCCAGGAGUCUGAGGAAUGGUACAAAUCCAAGUUUGCCGACCUCACUGAAGCGGCGGCCCGCAAUAACGAGGCUUUGAGGAUGGCUAAGCAGGAGGCUAACGACUACAGACGUCAGGUGCAGGCUCUCACCUGCGAGGUGGAUGCCCUCAAGGGAAGCAAUGAGUCCCUGGAGCGCCAGAUGAGUGAAAUGGAGGAGAACUUCUCCAUGGAGACGGGAGGCUUCCAGGACACCAUCGCCCGCAUGGAGGACGACAUUCACAACAUGAAGGACGAGAUGGCCCGUCACCUGCGGGAGUACCAGGACCUCCUCAAUGUCAAGAUGGCCCUGGACAUUGAGAUCGCCACCUACAGGAAGCUGCUGGAAGGAGAGGAGAGCAGAAUCAACACCCCUCUGCCAAACUUUUCCUCUCUGAACCUGAGAGAAACCAUGCUUGAUUCCAGACCUCACAUUGAAACCACAACAACCAAGAAGGUUCUCAUCAAGACCAUCGAGACCAGAGACGGUCAGGUGAUCAACGAGUCGACCCAGAACCAGGAUGACAUGGAGCAAAACUACUAAUGAGGCUUGGGCCAAAAGACCAACGGAAGAGCAAUAUUUUCAUUUAUAUUCCACCCACAGUUACACAAAAAUAGCUUCUCAAAGUGCCUUUUAUAUGUGAUGAUUGUGUAAGUAGUAGUUGGGUUUCCAUCUCUUAUCCACAGUAUGUUGGUUUUGUUUAGACACAGUUAAGAUACACAACAACACACAGUCAACCACACAAAGGUUUACAAAGGACCAUUAGAGCCACUAAAUAUUCUAUGAAGAUUCUCAAGGCAUUUAACCCAUCGCAGCUGGACAGUUCAGUUUGCCUGAGAAGACAUUUCACUUUUCUUCCGAGCUCCUUCAGACUUAAAGCUGAACUAUCACUGGUCUAUGACCAUGAACUGAUGAGGCUGCGCCAAUAGAACUGAACUAUCACUGGUCUAUGACCAUGAACUGAUGAGGCUGCUCCAAUAGAACUGAACUAUCGCUGGUCUAUGACCAUGAACUGAUGAGGCUGCUCCAAUAGAACUGAACUAUCGCUGGUCUAUGACCACGAACUGAUGAGGCUGCUCCAAUAGAACUAAACUAUCGCUGGUCUAUGACCAUGAACUGAUGAGGCUGCUCCAAUAGAACUGAACUAUCGCUGGUCUAUGACCAUGAACUGAUGAGGCUGCUCCAAUAGAACUAAACUAUCGCUGGUCUAUGACCAUGAACUGAUGAGGCUGCUCCAAUAGAACUAAACUAUCGCUGGUCUAUGACCAUGAACUGAUGAGGCUGCUCCAAUAGAACUAAACUAUCGCUGGUCUAUGACCAUGAACUGAUGAGGCUGCUCCAAUAGAACUAAACUAUCGCUGGUCUAUGAUCAUGAACUGAUGAGGCUGCUCCAAUGAGAGGCCUUUAAAGGUCUUCUAAGACAAACUCAACAGUCCAGUUGGGAUGGAGUCACUGCCCUGAGAAUACAAUAACCUGAUGAAUGACUAUAUUCACAGCUAUUACCUUUUAAACUUACCACAAUAAAAGAUGCAUAUUCAAGAAAAAAGAGUUGGAAAUGUUGUAGUCUUACGAGAUUCAAGAUGUUUUUGUAGAAAACAGUAUGAAUGUAAGAAUAAAUGCUCCAAAUGUCACUCAUGGGAGUUAAGACAAUACAUCACAGGACAAAAUUCAUUAAAAUGUGACUGCAGUGUCUUAUAAAACCUUUUUUUCUCAAGAUCAUAAUGUUGUCUGGAAAAUAUGACUUUUUUUCUCAAAAAAAAUGAACCAUGUACUUAAACUCGUUUUUUAUGUUUUCAACGUGGCCUUAACACUCCUUUGUAGACGUCUACAAACAUCUUCAUUUGUAGUCCAUUUUGGGCGCGAGCACACGAGCAGCAGCAGUCCCCAAUAUGAGAAAUCAUGUCACAAUUCCCUGUAAGCAGCAAUAAAGUCAUACGAUUGUGAAGCAGGUGUGAUAGAGUUUGUGUGAAACUAAUAAGAAAAGAUCCACACGUGCAGUGCCAUUAAUGUUUAAUAUGGACUCAGUCAGUUCUUUUAUGAUGAUUAACACCUAUCUUCUCCCCUGCUGUGCAAUGUGAAACUGUCAAAUAACAGCACACCUUCAUGCAAUAACACAAAACGCAAAACAAGUGAAGUUGUCACAUUGUGUAAAUGGUAAAUAAAAAGAGAAUACAAUGAUUUGCAAAUCCUUUUUAAUUUAUAUUCAUUUGAAUAGACUGCAAAGACAAAACAUGUAACCUUCAAACUGAGCAGCUAAAUUUGAUUUUGUAAAUAAUCAUGAACUUAGAAUUAAAUGGCAGCAACACAUUGCAAAAAAGUUGUCGCAGGGGCAUUUUUACCAGUGUGUUACAUGGCCUUUCCUUUUAACACUCAGUAAAGGUUUGGGAACUGAGGAGACACAUUUUUGAGGUGGAAUUCUUUCCCAUUCUUGCUUGAUGUACAGCUUAAGUUGUUCAACAGUCCGGGGGUCUCCCUUCUGCUAUUGCAGGCUUCAUAAUGCACCACACAUUUCCAAUGGGAGACAGGUCUGGACUACAGGCAGGCCAGUCUAGUACCCGCACUCUUUUACUAUGAAGCCACAUUGAUGUAACACGUGGUUUGGCACUGUCUUGCUGAAAUAAGCAGGGGCGUCCAUGCUAACGUUGCUUGGAUGGCAACAUAUUUUGCUCCAAAAGCUGUAUGUACCUUUCAGCAUUAAUGGUGCCUUCACAGAUGUGUAAGUUACCCAUGUCUUGGGCACUAAUACACCCCCAUUCAUCACAGAUACUGGCUGGUUCUUUUCCUCUUCGGUCCGGAGGACACGACGGCCACAGUUUCCAAAAACAAUUUGAAAUGUGGACUCGUCAGACCACAGAACACUUUUCCACUUUGUAUCAGUCCAUCUUAGAUGAGCUCGGGCCCAGCGAAGCCGGCGGCGUUUCUGGGUGUUGUUGAUAAAUGGCUUUCGCUUUGCAUAGUAGAGUAUUAACUUGCACCUACAGAUGUAGCGACCAACAGUGGUUUUCUGAAGUGAUAUCCAUUACACACUGAUGUCCCUUUUUGAUGCAGUACCGCCUGAAGGAUCGAAGGUCACGGGCAUUCGAUGUUGGUGUUCAGCCUUGCCGCUUACGUGCAGUGAUUUCUCCAGAUUCUCUGAACCUUUUGAUGAUAUUACGGGGAAAUGUUGUUUUAAAACCCCAUUUGUUGACAAAGUGGUGACCCUCGCCCCGUCCUUGUUUGUGAAUGACUGAGCAUUUCAUGGAAGCUGCUUUUAUACCCAAUCAUGGCACCCACCUGUUCCCAAUUAGCCUGUUCACCUGUGGGAUGUUCCAAAUAAGUCUUUGAUGAGCAUUCCUCAACUUUAUCACCCUUUUUUGCCACUUGUGCCAGCUUUUUUGAAACAUGUUGCAGGCAUCAAAUUCCAAAUGAGCAAAUAUAUUAAAUAUCUUGUCUUUGCAGUCUAUUCAAUUGAAUGU